AUGGCGAUCUGUACUUAUAACGCACGUACGCUUGCAUCGGAAGCGGCCAUCGAAGAUCUGAUGAUGCAAGCCAAGAAGAUCAAGUACGACGUCAUCGGACUGACCGAGACGAGACGACGUCACCCUCUCAACGCCGUAUAUGAAACUGGAGAAGAACUGUUCUUAGGAACAUGCGACAGUAGAGGUGUUGGUGGAGUUGGCGUCCUCGUCAACACGAGUAUGGCAAAGAACAUCGACUCUUUUGAACAACUUACGACCCGAAUCGGACGUCUGCGGAUGAGAAGAUGUGGCCCAAUCCCAGCUUUGACUAUCUUCGUCGUUUACGCUCCAACAUCAAGCUACGAAGAAGAAGAAGUCGAAGCUUUCUAUAUGGACCUGGAGAAGUUCUACCAAGAAGAUCAUGCCUUCUACAAGGUCAUAGUUGGCGAUUUCAACGCUAAGGUUGGCCCAAGAAGAACGCCGGAGGAACUUCACAUCGGGACCCACGGCCUACAAUGGAAUGACCAGGGAGAGAGGCUCUCCGAGUUCAUCAUGACGACUAAGACCAUCCAUGGGAACUCGCAAUUUCAGAAGCCCUCUUCUUUACGCUGGACGUGGGAGUCACCCGGUGGAGGGUACCGUAAUGAAAUAGACCACAUCAUCGUCAAUAAAAGGUUCUGCCUGACGGACGUCGGUGUUGUACCAAAGUUCUAUACGGGAUCGGACCAUCGCCUCCUCCGAGGAAGAUUUUCCUUCACAAGGAGAGCAGAGAAAGCCGCCAAGUUCAGAGAGAGAAAUCCCAGGACUACCAUCAACUGGGAUCUCUUCGCUACGCUAAUCGGCUUUUGGGAAGAUUCUGCAAUGGACAACAUCGACGAGGAAUAUGACCGGCUUGUCGAACACCUUCACGACUACGCAAAGAAGGCUGAGAGUUUUAAAACCACCAAGAGGCGUCUGUCUCUUGAAACUCUUGAGCUGAUACGCCAGCGUGGAGCAGCACGAGCCGCAGGGAACCAAGAACUCACGUCCGAGCUCGCAAGGCUUUGCCGAGAGGCGAUAAAGGAAGACCUUAAAGAGAGAAGAGCAGAAGUGCUGGCUGAAGCUGCAGAGGCGGGGAAAAGCAUCCGCUAUGCCCGUCGAGACUUCGCCAGUCGCAAGACGAGGAUGAGUGCUCUCCGGAACCCAAAGGGAACAGCCAUAGCAUCGAGAAGGGGGAUGGAGAAAAUCAUCUACGACUUCUACUCUGAUCUCUUCGACAGCCAUGUCCACUUGCCUCCUCACCAUCUGAGGGAAGAUGGACAAGUCAUUCCAGAGGUUCUCCCGUCCGAAAUACGACAUGCUAUCAUGUCGCUAAGAAAUCGUACAGCACCCGGUCCCGACAGAAUAAGACCAGAACACCUGAAGAGCCUUCCGCCAGUACUCAUCAACACCCUGGCGAGGCUCUUUACACGUUAUCUGUCGGAAUGCAAGGUUCCUAAACAGUGGAAGACCAGCAAGACCGUGUUGUUGUAUAAAAAGGAGACCCACAUGACAUCGGCAACUAUCGCCCAAUCUGCCUACUGUCCGUCAUCUACAAGCUCUUUACAAGAGUAA